GAAUCGGGGCAGCAGCAGCUGAAAGAGAGAGAGAGCGAUAAAGAGAGAGGUGAGAGAGCAUAGCGCGAGAGGAACCAGAGGGGUCUCGAGACAGAGAGGGGACACCAAACUUUUACAGGGGGAGAGAUGCAGUGAGGGAUAACGACCUCGGGCUCAGCGGUCAACAGGAAGUGGAGCGCAGGAUGCAGUCGCCCGGCGAGCAGCGGCCGGCGGCCCCGACCGCGGUGAUGUCACACCGGCCGACCAAUGGGAGAGAAGAGGGGGUGGACACGGAUGCAGAUUCCAUAAAGGAGGAGGCGCAGGAGGCGGAGUUUAGCUGGGAGGAGUUCCUGGAGGAGACGAGGGCGAGCGCCGCCCCUCACACCACCUUCAAGCACGUGGAGACCAGCCUGCGCAGCAGCUUCCAGCCGGGCAUGAAGCUGGAGGUGGCCAACAAGGCGGGCGGCGGCGCGGCGGGUGGCGGCGCGGCGGGCGGCGCGGUGGGCGGCGCGGUGGGCGGCGCGGCGGGCGGCGCGGCGUCCUACUGGGUGGCCACCAUCAUCACCACGUGUGGCCAGCUGCUGCUACUGCGCUUCAGCGGCUACGGGGACGACCGCAAGGCCGACUUCUGGUGUGACGUCAUGACGGCCGAGCUGCACCCGGUGGGCUGGUGCAACCGGCACGGCAAGACCCUCAUGCCCCCCGAAGAUAACAUUUACCUGAGAAAAGCCAUCAAGGAGAAACACAGCGACUGGACUGAGUUCCUGGUCCAGGAUCUCACCGGAGCCCGGGCGGCACCGGCCAACCUGCUGGAGGGGCCUCUGAGGGGUAAGAACACCGUGGACCUGAUCCUGGAGGACUCGGUCCUGGAGCUCCGGGACCUCUCGGACCCGUCCCUCUACUGGCCGGUCCGGGUCCUCCAGAACGUGGGCGGGAGGCUCCGCCUCCGCUACGCCGGCCUCACCGACGACCACCGGGCUCGGGACACAUGGCUGUUCUACCUGGACGUCAGGCUCCGCCCCCUCGGCUGGGCUCUGGAGAACCGGCUGGCCUUAGAACCGCCCACAGCGCUGAGGGCUCUCAACAGCGCCCCCUACUGGCAGGAGGCUUUAGAGGAGGCGCGACUCCACGGGCAGAGGAGCCCGCUGCCGCUGGAGGUGUUCAAGGACCAUGAGGACCUCCCUCAUCACUCCUUCAAGUUGGGCAUGAAGCUGGAGAUGGUUUCUCCGUGGGAGCAGAUGAAGAUCUGCCCGGUUACCGUCAGCCAGGUCUACAACGAGAUCUACUUCCUGGUGACGCUGGACGACCUCUACCCGGACGCCGCGCCACGCUCCGUGGCGUGCCACGCCCACUCGCCCGGCAUCCUGCCCGUCCAGUGGAGCAUGAAGAACGGCGUUGGGCUGCAGCGGCCCCGCGGCUUCGCGGGCCACGACUUCGACUGGGCCGACUACCUGAAGCAGGGCGGGUCCGAGGCGGCGCCCGACGCCUGCUUCCCCGACACGUGGCAGAACACGGGCUUUACUAAGGACGUGUGGCUGGAGGCGGUGAAUCCUCACCGGCCGGCCGAGGUGUGUGUGGCUCAGAUCACGCAGGUCAGAGGACGCCUGCUGUGGCUCCGACUGGAAGGUGUGGCCAAGCUGGAAUCGGAGUGCCUCGUUGACGUGGAGUCCACAGACAUCUUCCCCGUCGGCUGGUGCGAGGCCAACGCCUACCCCCUGACCCCCCCACUGAAACCUGUCUGCCCAAAGCAGAAGCAGGUUGCGGUGGUACAGCCGGAGAAACAGUCGGCUCCGGUCCAGCCGGUGGAGGCGGCCCCCGUCGACCUCGGCCAGCCCGUCGCCGUGGAUACAGCCUCCAGGUACUGCUGCUCCCGUGUCUUUGUGAACCAUCGAUGUUUCUCGGGUCCGUACCUGAACAAAGGACGCAUCGCGGAGCUGCCGCGGGCCGUCGGGCCGGGGAAGUGCACGCUGGUCCUCAAAGAGAUGCUCAGCCUGCUCAUCAACUCCGCCUACAAGCCGGGACGCGUCCUGAAGAAGCUGCAGACGCUGGAGGAGCCGGAGGAUGAGGAGGAGGAGGAGGAGGAAGAAGAAGAGGAGGAAGAGGAGGAGGAGGAGCGCUGGGACGUCCAGCAGGAGACGCUGAAGGCCAAGUACAAAGGUAAGACCUGCCGCUCCUCCGUCCCCGUGGUGCGUCUCUCCGCCCAGGUCCCGGCGUUCUGCCGCCGCGUGUGCGUGAAGCUGCGUUGCUGCCCGCUCCUCUUCGGGCCGGCGGCGCCGCCGGCCCGAUGCCCCGAGAACUGCUCGGUCCAGACCAAGACCAAGUACACGUACUACUACAGGAAGAAGAGGAAGCUGAGGAGGCCGGGGGAGGAAGAGGAGGAGGAGGAGGCCAAGCCGGCACGCCGCAGGAAGAAGAGGAAAGCCAUCUUCGUGCAGAAGAAGAGGCGCUCGGCCGCCGGGGGCCACGCCGCCGCCGCCGGCUCGCCGCAGGACAGCGAGGAGGACGAGGAGGAGCUGGCGUUGCCGUCGGGCAGCGAGGGCAGCUCGGAGCCCCGGGAGGACCCCGCCUCCCGCCGGCCACACCGCGCCGCCGCGCUGCGCGGGAGCCUCAGGAGCUUUGGGUCCUACGGCGCGGGCAACGCCGCGGGCAGCCGAGAGGCCGCCGAGGGGCGGAGGAGGUCCACCCGCUCGCUGUCGGCUCACAGCCGGAACCGGCCGCCCGGUGGCCACGAGGCGCAGCUGGUUCUGGACAGUAAUCCUCUGCAGUGGAGCGUAGAUGAAGUCGUUCAGUUCAUCAACUCCACCGACUGUUCACCACUCGCCCACAUCUUCCAGGAGCAGGACAUGGACGGCCAGGCCCUGCUGCUCCUCACGUUGCCCACGGUGCAGGAGUGCAUGGACCUGAAGCUCGGCCCGGCCAUCAAGCUGUGCCACCAGAUCGAGCGCGUCAAGGUGGCGUUCUACCGGCAGUACGCCAACUGACCGCCCGGCGCCCCCUGGUGGAGGGAGGAAUUUGUAUUUGUUUUUUUACUUUAAGAAAAAGGAGAAUGGAUAUUUUCGUCACAGCAGGAGACGAAGCUGAAGGAUUAAUUUUGGGGUUAUUGUCCCGUGUGACGCCCCCCCCCCCCCUCCCCCAAGGAGCUACGGUGAGGAAGCCGAGGUCUCGGAGCUGAAGGCAUUUGUGUUUCUUUUACAUUUCACUUGAGAGAGGAGCAUUUAUUACAUUUUACAUUUAUUUUCCUUUUUUUUUUUUUUGUGUGACUUUCUGGAAAAAUGUAUUUGAAAAAUAUAUAUAUAAAUAUAUAUCAAUAAAUAUUUAAAUAUAAAAAUAUCUAGAAUAGAUAUUUAUAUGUAAUAUAUAUUUAUAUAAUAAUAGUUAUACAUAUAUAUUAUAUAUAUAUUCAUAACGAAUAUGUAUGUAUAGAUAUAUUUAUGUAUUAUUAUUUUGUUGUGCGUCAUUGGUCCUGGAAAAAUAUAAUUUGAAAGUAUUUAACAAAUCAAGAAGUAAUAUAUUUGAAAUAUUUAUUACUAUCCUUUAUUGGAGAGAUCUAUUGGAAUUCAGAGAACUAAUUGAUCGGUUUUAUAUAUAUAUAUAUAUAUAGAUAUCUAUAUAUAUAUAUAUAUCUCAUGUCUACUUUAGCCCCUAAAAGAUAUUUCACACGGGUUUAUUUAAACAUUUUAAUGUUUUUGGAGACGCUCUCAUCAUAUGUUCGUGUCGUCGUCUCAAUGAAAAACAAUCCAGGAUAUUUUUUUUUCCAUCUAUGCAAAAAAACGUGUUUCAGAUAUUUUUGAUAAAAUGAGGAAAAUAAAUUUCUAUUGAUUUUUUAA